AUAAAAUGUGUGAGCGAGUAGGGUGAAGCCAGUUGUACCUCGACAUCUGUGGAGCCAACACGUUCACGAUGCAUAAGCUGACUCUGUUCAUCUUGGCGGCAGUGUUCGCCGUAGCCCUCGCAGAAGGACAGUACUAUGUUCCCCGCGCCUACUACACCAUAGACGCGGAGGGGCACGAGUCUGCGCGAGUCCCACUGCGGCGCCUGCGUCGGUCCGUACCCUGGCCCUACGCGGCGGGCAGCAACGCCAACGCUAAUGCUGAAGCUCAUGCUGGACCCGGUGGCAACGCAAACGCGAACGCGCGCGCUGAUGCGGGCGGAUGGGGAGGCAACGGUGACGGCUGGGGCCAGCGAGGCAACAACGGUGGCUCGUGGGGCCAGCCCGGCGGCUGGGGCCAACCAGGAGUUUAUGGCGCCUCCAACCCUGCGGCCCACUCAAAUGUCUUGGCACCCGGCAUGACUCGGCGCCAGUUCGGACCGGUCCAGGGGCAGUCGGUGAGCGCCAGCACCUCCGUGGGAGUUGACCCCACCGGCAACGGCUAUUACGACCAGUCCGCUUCGGUUCACUAAGGGUUUGCCACGUCUUGUUCAACUUGCAUAAUCUGUUAGCACGAUACAAUUAUGAUUAUAGAUAGAGAGUCGAUUGCCUUUAGACUUUAAUGAAGUAUAAAUACCAUCCUUUAGUACCUUCCCAUUUAAUGCAAUUGAUAAAUAUAUGUAUCAAGUUUGACUCACAAUUGCUUUUGAAAAUAUGCCAUAAGUUAGAGGUACGAUUAUGUAGACGUGAUACUCUACUCUCUUUCUCCAUAAUAUGUAGAGGUCAAAAAUGUGUUCCCGGCUCAGACUUCAUCCCCCCUGGUGUCAUAAAAAGCUAUGAUUAAAAUGGACCACAACCUACACAAAGUAUACAAUGUACUUUAGGUGAAAAUAUGUCAUAGUCCGUAGGCGCAUCUAACGUUAUACUAAGGUCACUUUCGUGAUUGUUACUUAAUUAAUGAAGCAUAGCAUUAAAAGCUAUAAAAUUUAUUCUAUUUUAAAGCUAUAUACUUAUAUAAGUUUGUAUGCUUUCAUGCCUGCACAUUAAAUCUAAGUUCUAGUUUAUAGGCGCCUGAUAGACUCAAUGGCAAUCACUGAUCGGAAUGCGUAAGUUCGACGAUUUGAAUAUUAUGAAACAAUCCUUGAGGUCUAGCUUUUUGGAACAUCGCGGUACAUUGUGCUUAUAGAUUAUGCAGUUGCUAUCGAUACCAAGAUGUACGACGAAUACUAGGUACCUACUUCAUUACAGCACUUUUGUGAUUUUUGAAACAGUAUCUUUAUAUACUUAGUAAUUAGUUUUUAGGAAUAUUUCAGCUUAAUAUUUCGUUCUUAGAACAUAAUAAAUAGGAAAGUUACGGAUGGUUAAAGAUUAGAAUAAAAAUACAUGAAUUAAU